CAGACUCCUCCUCGGUGUGACGGUGCGUGCCCUGCGUCUCUGCGCUCCUCUCUUUCCCCUACACACCAGACUCAUCCAGACCACAGACAUGGCUCCAUAAGGGUGCACAUGGCGGCUAGCAGCCAUGAACCAAAAAACAACUCACCAAAAACUACAGAUGCAUCUCCGAUUUGACUGAAUGUCGAUUUGAUCAACUACCACAUCUGCCGCAAUAUUCUUCAGUCCGGUUUUCAGCAUUCGGGAGAGGCUGACUGCUUGCAACUCUCUCUCUGUCUUCAUUUUCUUCUGACAAUUUUACUUUCUUACUCAACCCGAAAUUAACAGUAGAUAUCAUAUUAACCAACAACAGUCAUGGGUGUGCAGGGUUUCCAGGAAUACAUAGAGAAGCACUGCCCCAAUGCCGUGGUGCCGGUGGAGCUCCAGAAACUCGCCCGCGGGAGUAUGGUCGGCGGCGGCAGACAGAGACCCCCUCAAACUCCGCUCCGGCUGCUAGUGGACGCCGAGAACUGCCUGCACCGGCUCUACGGCGGAUUCUACACCGACUGGGUGAGCGGGGGCCAGUGGAACCACAUGCUCGGGUACCUCGCCGCCCUCGCCAAAGCCUGUUUCAACGGCAACAUCGAGCUGCUAGUGUGCUUCAAUGGCGCCCUGGAGAAAGGCCGUCUCCACGAGUGGGUCAAGCGACAGGUGAACGAGAGACAGACUGCCCAGCAGAUCGUCAGCCACGUCCAAAACAAGGGUACCCCGCCACCCAAGGUCUGGUUCCUGCCCCCCGUGUGUAUGGCCCACUGCAUCCGCCUGGCGCUCCUCAGGUUCCACAUCGGGGUUGUCCAGACCAUCGAGGAUCAUCACCAGGAAGUGAUUGCCUUAUUUCGAGAAAAUGGGUUCCAUGCCCUGGUUGCCUAUGAUUCUGAUUACGCCCUUUGCAACAUCCCGUACUACUUCAGUGCCCAUGCUCUCAAACUCAGCCGCAAUGGAAAAAGCCUCACCACCAGCCAAUACCUGAUGCACGAAGUAGCCAAGCAACUUAAUCUCAAUCCAAAUCGUUUUGUCAUCUUUGCUUCACUUUUAGGGAAUCACAUACUGCCUGAUGAAGACUUGGCUGCCUUUCACUGGAGUUUACUUGGCCCUGAGCACCCUUUAGCAUCCUUGAAGGUCCGUGCCCACCAACUCGUUCUUCCUCCAUGUGAUGUUGUCAUAAGAGCCGUGGCAGACUAUGUCCGCAACCUACAAGAUGUCCAUGACCUGGAAGCUAUCGCUAAAGACAUAUUCAAGCACUCCCAGUCUCGAACUGAUGAAAAAGUUGUCCGUUUCAAAAAAGCAGUGGAGUAUUACGCCACCGCCAGCAAGCCCCCUCACUUUCCCCCGUAUUUAGUCAGACCAAAUCAGAUGGGAUUGCCAGCAGCACUGCAGAUGCUUAACAUUCCAGGCAAACCUGGGGUGAGUACCAUUUCACCAUUAUGGUCCAUCCUGAAUAACUCACGCUUACCCAUCAGACUGACACAUACGUGUUUCUCUUCAUUCUCCCAGGUCCAGCAUGGCUAUUCCGGCCCUCCGUUGGCCGAACCUGUCCAUGAGGCGGACCCGUCAGCUAAAGGGCUCCUAGAACAGAACAGCUACAGCGACAUUCCUAAUAACGGGAAGCAGCACACGCCGCUCUACGAGAGGUUGUCCCCCAUCAACUCCAACCACACAGACCCAGCCUUCUUCAUCACCUCGUCCACAUCCUCGUCCUCCGAGAAUGAAGAAAACACAGGCUCCACUGCCAACCACGUAAGUGACCGCAAGGGAUGGGACAAACAGAGAAACCAGAUGGACAACAUCCCAGAAGGAGACCAUGGAGACCAAAAUAAAUCUGAUCUUUCUGUGACCUCCCAUGUAAACCAAGGUCCAGAGGGGAAAGGUCACAUAGGGGUCAAGGCCCAAAUUCCAUCCCUCCUUUCUAUGCCAACAAGAAAUCACAUGGAUAUUACCACUCCCCCUUUACCAAUGGUGGCCCCAGAAGUGCUACGAGUCGCUGAGCACAGACACAAAAAGGGCCUCAUGUACCCAUAUAUUUACCAUGUUCUUACCAAGGGUGAGAUAAAGUUAUCUGUCACCAUAGAGGAUGAAGCUAACAAAGAACUACCCUCUGCGGUGCAGCUGUACCGGCCAGUACGUCAGUAUGUUUACGGGGUGCUCUUCAGCCUGGCCGAGGCCAAAAAGAAGGCAGAGAGACUCGCCAUGAGGAGAAAUCACCUCCCCGACUAUCCAACAGUGAUAAUCAAAGAAUGGGCUGCUUACAAAGGCAAAUCUCCACACACCCCUGAACUGGUGGAAGCUCUUCCUUUCCGGGAGUGGACCUGCCCAAACCUGAAGAAACUCUGGCUGGGCAAGGCGGUGGAGGACAAGAACCGGAGGAUGAGGGCUUUCUUGGCCUGCAUGAGGUCGGACACUCCAGCUAUGCUGAACCCUGCCAAUGUCCCCACAUCUCUUAUAGUGCUGUGUUGCGUGCUACGGUUUAUGUUACAAUGGCCAGGAGUAAGAAUUUUGCGUCGUAACGAACUUGACGCUUUCCUAGCUCAAGCACUUUCUCCUAAACUUUAUGAGCCUGACCAGCUGCAGGAUCUGAAGAUUGAUAACCUGGAUCCACGCGGCGUUCAGCUGGCUGCUCUUUUUAUGAGCGGCGUGGAUAUGGCGCUGUUUGCAAAUGACGUGUGUGGGCAGCCCAUUCCCUGGGAACACUGCUGUCCGUGGAUGUAUUUUGAUGGCAAGCUGCUACAGAGUAAACUCAUCCGGGCCAGCAGGAACAAGGCCCCACUCAUUGACCUCUGUGAUGGUCAGACUGAACUAGUUGCCAAGGUGGAGAGGAUGCGUCAGAGUAUCCUGGAGGGUCUGAACUUCUCUCGGCCACCCCAGCCGAUCGCAUUCCCCCCUCCACCACCACACGCAAUGCCUUUCUACACCCCCAACAGCACCUUCUACCCUCCACCUCCUCUGCCCCCAAUGCAUGGCAGAGGCAGGGGCAUGCCUGGGCUUCAAGCCAUCCCCUCGCAGGGUGGUAAGCUUGAGAUUGCAGGCACAGUGGUGGGUCAAUGGUCUGGUAGUCGUCGUGGAAGAGGAAGAGCCUCGUUUCCCAUACAGUUAGUGUCAGUUGGUGGACCAACCAGAGGUCGUCCAAGAGGUGUGAUUUCUACUCCUGUUAUAAGGACCUUUGGUCGAGGAACCAAAUACCACACUAGAGGGUUCAAGAGUCAGGGAACAUACCAGAGCAAGCCUGCAUAUGUUGCCUCAACCAAUGAAGUGAUAAAAGACAGAAAGAUGCCGAAGUUGGGGACACCGCACCUGCCCUUAGAAGGGUCCACAGCAGCAGAGAACGGCUUGGUGGAGGGUAAAGAGGCAGACCAGCUCAAUGGGAACGAAGGGGAAAGCAGGGCUACAAACCAACCUGAAAGUGCCUUUAGCAACGAAUCUAAAAUGUGCAAUACUAAUCUUCAUUUAAAUGCACUAAAUGAAAAUGGCGAGGGCUGCAGAGAUGAAGCUCUGGGCACUGCUGUCUUAAAAACAGAAGAGUAAACCUAUUUUUAUAGAGAGGGUGAAGGUUGUUGGACGGUUACGUGUUAAGGAAUAUCUGGAAGGUUGGAAAACCUACAGUUGGCGUACAUUCUUUCCUCUCUGAAAGCGAUAAAUGAGGACUUACAAAUUUUUGAAAUCCUUCUUUGACAUCAGCGAGUUUAAACCACAAAGUAACGAUGAGGAAACCUCUCGGUAAAACAUAGAUAUACAAGUCGUAUAGAGAGUCGUACCAGUUUAAUGAUAAAAGACGGUGUGCUCCCGCAUCAACGUUUUUCAAAACUGGUUACAUUAAAUUAUUUUACUUUCUCGAUGAAAUGCAGAAACCGAAAAAAACGAUUUUCAUUUGCCAAUCUUUAAGUUUUAGCAAGUUGAGAUUCAAGUACCAUAUAUAUAUAUAUAUAUAUAUAUAUAUAUAUAUAUAUAUAUAUAUAUAUAUAUAUAUAUAUAUAUAUAUUUGCCAUUGUAAUUGAGUUUGUAUUGUCACAGUAAAUGCUUUUUUAUUGAUUGAAAACGUAAAACUCACGAUUUGAAAAAAACUAAACCAAGAAUUUAUUUCUCACGUAUCAUCACUGUGAGUUUACUUGUGUUUUAAACGUGUGAUUGUUUUGACAUUGAGUAAGUAGUAAUUACUGCUGCAUCUUAAGUUCUGAUCAUUUCAAUAUGUCAUACAUUAGCGAUUAUAGGUAAUGUCAAAAAAUGGUUAGACAAAUCUCACAAGUUGCAAAUUCGCUCUUGAAAAACACCAAUGUCUCUUUCCGUGUCAGAAAAUGCCAUGCACCAGUGGUUUGUUGAAUCAAACGUAGCACAUUAGUACAACUGUCUCAGCUAAACUUUCUGCAUGGCUCACGAUUAACAGAAAAAGCAAAAAAAAAAAAACAUAAUGGUGUAUAGUUAUAAUGCAUGUUAUCCUAUUUCUUCCUUCAUUACAAAUACCGUGCCCAUCUGCAAAAUUUUUAAGAGCUGAUAAUCAUUAAUAGUCCUAUAAAAGGUGUUAAUGGUUAGUCAGUAACUGAUUUGCGCUAACCUUAAAUUUAUUAGUUCUGUGAUUUAUUGACCUCUGUUGCAUUUUCUCCAACAUUAUCUAGCCACUUGAAAUAUUGUUAAUCCUGGUGUACUCAUCACUGUAUACAUUAUUGUUCUCUGUUGCUGUUUUCCAGUCAUACUAGCAAACCAUCUCUGAAAGAAAAAUUAAAAAAAUGGCUUCGAUCUUAACCCCGCCCCCACACCCUUUCUUAGCUCGGAAACAAGUUUUGCGAAACAUUCAACCCUCCCAUUUGAGAAUUUAGACUAAGCAAGUACACUUGUAAUCAUUUUGAUGUUUACUUUAAUGUUUUCAGAAUUUAUAAACAUACUUCUAAAUGAGAGUCAUUACUUCUCCAUCUAAAUCUGAUGCUUUUCAUUGCACAUUAGUGAUCAGAAAUAUGGUGUAUUCCCCUCAGUCCCCGCCGCAAGUCUAAGUAGGUUACCUUGAUGUAAGUUGAGCAGAGUUUCUUCCUAACUUAUGGCUUGUAAAAGAAUGAACUACUGUUGGGUUUGAGUGACUGUUGAUAGUUUGUGGUGUGAUGUAUUUGAAGGAAAUUGAACGCAACUUACAAUGCUUAAUAAAAGUCUUUAUUCUUUUAGAAUAA